CGUUUGUAACUACCCCGGUAGAUUGAGGCAGACUCUGGUGCACACCGAGGGAUUCCAGCACAUACCGGUGGAUCUUGGCGCAUGCCGAUGUAUUUCGUCGCCGGAGCGCCUCCUACACGGUGUUUUCUAGGGUGCACUUCAAUUCAACGCCCCAGAGAGAAAUGCACCGCGACGAGACGACGCUCCGAGGUCGGUCUCAGAGCAUUGAAAGUUAUAGAUGCCGCGACUCUUCUGGAUGGAUGAUUGGGAUUCGUGCUUGGCUGCGCGUCGAGCCUUCUACUGCCUUGGGAGCUUUCGUCUCAGCCCUCUGGAACCUAGCAAGCUUUUCGAUUUUAUGACAACGUAUUCAAAAGACAGGCAUCACUACAACCACACGCUACUGCACCGCGGGUACUGUAUCACCUCGCGAUGUUCACACAUCGGCGUUUCUUCAUCAAAAGAGAAGUUUGUCCUGUGCGUAGAUCAGUACACUCGCAACAAGUACGGACUCCGAGCCACACUCGCCAAAUUAGAGUACUGCAGGAGAAGCGACGUGCCCGAGAAGCGUGUGGAUAAAGUGGAGAUGAUGUUUGCAGCUAUCGUAGCGGUCAUCAUCUUCGUGAACAUCAUUGGGACGACGUACGACUUAAAGCGGAAUCCUGAUAAGAAGCACAAAUACGCGGAUAAGUACCUGCUGCCAUGGUCGAUGCGUGUCAGCUGGAGGCGGCUGACCGCUGACCACGCCACGAGCGGCGACCCGCGGCUCACCGCGCUCAACCCGAUCCAGGGUACCAGAGCGGUGACGUUGCUGGUGGUGAUGAUGGCGCAUACGGUGAUCGCUUUCGAAAUAUCGUACCUUCAGAACCCCGAGUUUGUCGAAAAGGCGAAGCUGCACCCACUGACGAUGCUGCUGUAUAAUGGGUCAGUGAUCGUGCAAGGCUUCUUCGUAGUUUCCAGCUUCCUGCUCGCCUACAACCUUCUACUGUUCGCCGAGAAGAACCCUGACAAGAACGUCUCAUUGAGAAUGCUUCCACAAUGUCUGCUGCAUAGAAUUUGCAGGAUCCUGCCAGUGCACAUGUUUGCGGUGGGUCUAAUGGCGACGUGGUGGCCCCGCGUGAGUGAUGGCCCGCUGUGGGCGUCGCACGUGCGCGCUGAAUCCGCGCGCUGUCGCAGCAAGUGGUGGGCGCAUCUGCUCUUCCUCAACAACCUCGUGCGUCCCGACGAGAAAUGCCUCAUACAGUCUUGGUUCCUGGCGGUGGACAUGCAGCUGUACGUAGUUGUGUGUGCGCUGGCGCUGCUGUUGCUACGACGGCCGCGAGCAGCGUUCGUGGUGCUGCCAAUCUUAGUGGCUGUCUCCGUGAUUGCCAACUUCCUUAUCGCGUACCAUUGGGGCCUCAAACCCAUAGUCAUGGUUAUGAACCCUGAGGUGAUGCGAGGCCAAUACGUAGGUGAACCGUCGUUCAAGUGGUUGUACGCAGCGCCGUGGGCCAGCCUGCCAGCCUCCCUCCUUGGCCUGCUGUGCGCCUUCCUUCAUCGCCACAUACAGCUCGCAGGUUACAAGCCGCAGGAGAACCGGGUGGUAAUGUUUCUAUACCGCUGGUCGUUGCCCCUAAUCCUGCUGUGGAUCCUGAGCGGGCACUUGGUGGAGCAUUCGAGGGAUGCGAUUGUGGUGGCGCUCUACGCUGCGCUCGACCGAGUUGGUUACGCAAUCAUCUGCGGAUUUGCGCACAUUGGGUUCUUCCACAACAUCGACAGCGUGCUCCUUCGUUUCAUUGGGUGGCGCGGGUGGAGGACACUGGGACGGCUAUCGCUGUCGGCGCUGAUGCUGCACUGGAAUUUUGUGCUGCUGCAAGUUGCCAUCAAUACGCAAACUGCGCGUGUCGCCAUCUACGAAAUUGCUGGUCAGUGGUACAAUACGAUUAUAUUGACGUACGCAUCGGCCCUGCCGCUGUACCUGCUGCUGGAGGCACCAGCGCAGAAAUUCCUGCAGGCUCUUUUCUUUUGUAAUAACAAGCCAUAAUCCGAAUUAUCUAUGUACUAAACAUUUCAUAAUAAACAAACAAUGUAGAUAGCUUUUAUUCCAAUACAUAUAAAACGUAACUUCUUUUUAUAAAAUUUCUCACUCUACAGUUUAACUCAUGAAAUUGAGUAGCAUGCGCAUUGACUGAGCAUGCGUCAACAUUUAUUAUAUUCGAAUUGAGAAUUUGUAAAAAAAAUCC